UGAAUCCUAACUAACCAACUUGAUUCAACCUUUUCUUACAUGUUAUUUUAGAUAUACACUUUAUAGACCAUGGUAUAACUUUAUCAAAGAUUUUUGUCUCCUUAUAGAAUAGAAAGUUUCACUUAUAUUCAAAACUCUUUUACAGAAAAGUUUCACGUCAAAUAAAUAAAUAGAUAAAUUAUUGCAAACAUGGCUGAUAUAUUUAAUAUGGAUGAAUAUGAUGAUGUGGGAGACUUGGUUAACGCGUUCACUGCUAAUGUUACGUUGGUAAACCCUGACUUGAAUUACAAGAUCAUCGAUGAUAUACCCGAGGAUUUUGAUCCCAGAGAUGAUGAAUCCAGAAAUACCGUUACAAAAUUACCAUUACCCAUACCCGUCCGGAAGAGAAGAAAGAGUUCCAUAGCAUCAUCUUAUGAAGUUGGUAUUAAAGACUCUUAUGUUUCAUCGAGUCUUAUUGUCAAUAAUAAUAUGCUGGAAUCAUAUAAACCCAAAUUAUCCGAUUUUGAACCCCUUAAAGUUUUAGGAAAAGGUUCUUAUGGUAAAGUAUUGUUAGUUAGAGAAAUAUCUACAGGUAGAUUAUUUGCUCAGAAACAAUUAAAGAAGGCUUCAUUGAUUAUUAAUGAAGAUACUAAUGAAAUACAUCAAACCAAUUAUCAAAGAACACUUAAUGAAAAAUCAAUCUUAGAAAUGGUGAAUCAUCCUAAUAUAGUUAAAUUAUUUUAUGCCUUUCAAGAUAAUAAUAAAGUAUACUUAAUAUUAGAAUAUCUCGAUGGAGGAGAAUUAUUUCAUCAUUUGGCUAUAGAAAGGUAUAUGAGUGAGAAAAAUGCCAGUUAUUAUAUUGCUCAAAUGGUCCUUGCUAUAAGAUAUUUACAUUGCAAUUUAAAAGUUAUCUAUCGUGAUUUAAAACCAGAAAAUUGUAUGUUAAAUUCAUCAGGUAAUUUGGUAUUAACAGAUUUUGGAUUAUCUAAAGUAUCAUCUGAUGAAGGUAAAAGUCAUUCUAUGACAGGUACAGCUCAAUAUAUGGCCCCUGAAGUAAUCAAAGGUGAUCCAUAUGAUUAUUCAGUGGAUUGGUGGUCGUUGGGAUGUGUAGCCUUUGAUUUAUUGACUGGUUCACCUCCAUUCACAGGUAAUAAUAAUAAAAGAAUCAUGGAAAAGAUCUUAACAAGUAAGAAAACUUUAAAAUUUCCAUUUUAUUUAAGUCAAGAUGCAAAAGAUUUUCUUAGGAAGUUAUUACAAGUGAAUCCAGAGAAGAGAUUUAAUAUCGAUGAAGAUUUUAAUAAAUUAAAGAAUCAUAGAUUCUUUAGAUAUAUUGAUUGGAAUGAAUUGGAAUCAAUCGAACAAAGUGAUCUUCUUCCACCUAUAUUACCAAUCAUUACUGAUCCUGUUCUUGCUGAAAAUUUCGAUGUAGAAUUCACUGAAAUGGCUUUCACUCCUCAAACUACUAAUGAUGCUGGAAAAGAUAUACUUCACGUAAAUGGAUUCUCAUUUACAAAUACAAAAUAUUUAGAAGUACCCAAAGAUUACUAAAUACAUAUAUUCCAACUAGUGUUAUAAUUUAAUUAAUUAAUUAUAUUAAUAUAUUUAUUUAUAGAAUUUAAAUAUAUAACCCCAAAUUAUAAUUUUACACACCUAACCUAAACCAAUUUUCUAAAAUACAAUAAACUACAUACUAAUAGUCCAAUCACUGUAAUAAACGACUCACAUAAAAUAAUUAUUUUGAAUCCUAAUCUCUGUUCAGAAUUAUUCAAAUAAUUCAAUUUGAAAAGCUUGACAACGAAAAUAAUUAUAGCAGCUGUAAUUGGUACCACAUUGUCACUUGAAAUAAACAAACCUCCAUAUACAACAAAAGCGAUAAAGUUCCA